GUCCAACACGGUGGUUUUAAGCAUCUACUGGGAUAUAGGUUAUGUCUUUAUGAGUUUGCCAACCUCCUAUCAGUUUAUUCUGUCUUAGUGUACAGGUUUAUUGGUGGUGACGUCUCCUUUAACCCCAACAUUGAUGCGAGGACGUUUGACACAAUAUGCUCGGAGCAGAAGGGAGGUCAAGUGUUUGAUGUGCGUGAGCCGGCGGAAUUAGAGACGGACGGACGGUUCCCAAAUGCCGUAAACAUUCCUCUUGGCGAAGUGGAUUCGGCCUUUGCCCUUAGUGAAGCCGACUUCAAAGCAAAAUACGGCGUACCAAAACCCAGAGUCACCGAUGACAAUAUCAUAUUCGUCUGCAAGGUUGGAAAGCGAAGUCUCACAGCCUGCAAAUCCAUUGAGAAAUAUGGAUAUAAAAAGUAUGGCUUUUUAUUUAUACAAGGAAGGAUUUAA